UGUCUCUCUCUCUCUCUCUUUCUAUUUCUCUCUCUUCUCGAUUCCGUGUUGAAUACGGCGCCAUUUUGGGGUACGUUUUAGGGUCUGUAAAGGUCGCCUUUUUUGAUCGGUUGUGGCGGCUUGGUUUUGAUCGCCUUUUCGAUCCAUUAAGAUCGGAUUUUGGAAAUUUUCGGUAGAAAGAUGCGAUUUUUUGUUUCAGAUACGUUGAGUUGAUCAGAUGGGUACGUGGGAUUUGGGGAGUUUCAGCGUUUCAUUCGCUUCGAAUCACUCACCUUUUUGUUGGAUCUACUUUUACAAAUUUAGGUAGUAUAUUUUGUUGCAGAGCUGAGGUUUGCUGUUUUAAUCUCCGGAGAUUAAAUUUGCAUAUGGACGAAUAUCCCAGUAAAAGAACUUCUAGAGGAAUUGGCUUUUCCAAAAGAACUUCUGGCGUUUCUUUUAGAAAUCAAAACCAUGAAGAUAAAAGCGGUCAGCAUUCCGGCAGAUUUGGUUGCAGUACUAAGCUUAAUUCUACAAAUGUUGGCCAUAACGACAACUCAGAAGUGCCAAGAUUUUCUAGGCCAUCUGUUAGAUCUAAUACCGGUAAAGCUAUAGCCGGGACCACUUCGAAAGAAGCUUUUGUAAAGCUGCAAAAGGAACAACAACCAAACCCAACUUUUCUUGGAAGGAUUGAUAUUCCCGAAAGUAGUAGCAGGCGAGCCAGGAUCGAAGAUCGAUUAGAGGACUUAAAUUAUGACGGUAGCGCAUCAAGUUCAAAACCAAGUAAACAGAAUAGUAAGCGCUUGAGUUUAGGCAAUGUGGGAAUAAGUUCGAAACCAAGAAGCUCCACCAUUGUUCCUAAGCCUUCGCAUGGUUUUAAAAAUCUCAGUUGCACGUCGAUCUCUGAUGUCCUACCGGCAGGCUGUUCUUCUUCCUCUGAUCUUGGCCGUGGUAGGAGGGUCAGUGAUUUAAGAGAGACGUCUUAUAGUGAGGGGAGUUCUUCAGUUCCUACUCAUAGUAAUCUUCCUGGCCCUAGUUUACCUGUUCUAGAAGGCCCAAUUGCUCAACAAUCUUUAAGAAGAAUCAGGAACCAAGCAGUUAAUAGGGAUGGUCCAGUUUCUGUUCGGACCCGAAGAACUUCGACAACAGACAAUAAGACUAGCCCAUUCGUGCAAACAGAUGAAAGUGCCUUUUUGCUGAAUGCGGUCCCAGAAGUGGAGGGUACUAGAUUUUCUGUACAGGAAGCAGUUCCAGAAACCAUAUCGGAAUUUUUCACCUCGGAACAACCGCGGGCAUUUCAUUGUUCUGCACGUACGGGUUCAAGCAAUCGGGCCGCUUAUAGUAGAUCAUCGUCGACCUCUCAUCCUCAAAGGAACAGCAGUCAAAUAAGCCAUGACCUUUUGGAUGAUGGAGAUGGUCAUCAACAUCUAAGCAUGGAAGGAAUUGCUCAGGUAUUAUUGGCAUUAGAGAGGAUCGAACAAUAUGAGGAUUUAACAUAUGAGCAAUUACUGGUUCUCGAGACAAACUUGUUGUUUGGUGGGCUGACUUUCCAUGAUCAACACAGUGACAUGAGAAUGGACAUUGAUAAUAUGUCCUAUGAGGAAUUACUAGCCUUAGAGGAACAAAUGGGUAGUGUUAGCACGGCCCUUCCUGAAGAUGAGCUGGUGAAAUGUCUGAAAAGAAGUAUAUACACAUCGGCCUCACUUGUCUCAGGAAUUAAUAGACACAUUGCCCAUGAUAUCAAGUGCAGCAUAUGUCAGGAAGAGUAUGUUGCCGGGGAUGAGGUGGGGAAGCUGGGAUGCGAGCACGUAUACCAUGUUGCGUGCAUCCACCAGUGGCUUAGGCUGAAGAACUGGUGCCCAAUCUGCAAAGCCUCAGCUGCACCUUCACUAAGAAACAAAUAAAUGAAGACAAGUUUAACCUAAGCAAGUUAUUCUGAAUCAUAUUUCAUGAGAAUGCAGCUUUUACAAUUUGUCUUUUUUGUAAAUAAAAUGAUUUGAAAUUUGCUGCUUUUAACUUGUCAAAUAAAUUCUCAGGGGCUUGUAGAUGUUGAUAAAAUUUCAUUAUUUUUUUUUCUUCCCUCAAAUUCUUUUCUAUCUGUAGAUGAUGUUCUUAAUGUCUAGUUCUUGUCCUACAUGAUGAGCAAGCACGAGGCCACUGAUCUUCCAUCGGAGCGAAAUAAAUAAUUCAGAAGUACUAUCUGUGUAAAAAGCUUUCAAUGUUGAAUUUAAGUGAAUAAAGCUCUGAAUUUCUGACU